UCUGCCAGCGGCUGCCUUUCCCAGAGCUGGUCACCCAGACCAUCCAUGGAAACCUUGUAUUCUGCCCUCCAGGACGAGAUCCGUGCCUUCGAGGCACAAGUGCAGAGCUGCCAGAAAGACUUUGACCUGCACACGCUUCACAACGUGCUGCUGCUGCUGCUCCCCGGGAGCCCGACCUGGGAGGUGAAAAGCCUGGAGCAGCUGGAAAAGCUUGUUGAGGGCAGGGACUGGCCACGCCAGGACACCGUGAAAAUGACAGGCAGCGCUGAGAGUUGUGAUGUCCCUGGCUAUGUCGCCUGGCUUGGCUCCUACCUGGGGUACUUACAUGCUUUAAAAGAGAUGUUUGAUGCCAAGGUCGUGUUCCCUUUGUGUGAGCACCUGUAUGUCCACGAUGAGCUGUAUGCCAGGGCUGAGUGCCGGUCUCCCGUGGGUUCCCGCAGCGGAUCUGGUGCUGGGCACAGCGGGGAGAAGAGUCCCCACGCUGUGACCUCCAUCGCAGAUAUCGCCAAGCAACUGUUUGCCGUCAGGAGGAAGUGGGCCUUGCUGCUCAGCCGGGGAGUGAUUGACGACCGAGUCUUCGGCCCCCAGAGCCUGUGCGCCCUGCAGGGCUUUGCCAACAUUGGCCCCGUCGUGAAGGUUCUGAGGCUGGUCCCUGACAUCUUUCACAAGAGCUUGGCCACGGCGGUGCUUGCCAGGCAGUGGCUCAGUCUCCACAGAAGCAGAUACAGCGUCUUCCAGCUGCCGCCAGAGCCAGGCCAGGAGAAGGGCGAGCGUAGAACUGGGCUGGCUCCUGGCACCUCUGAGCCCUGGAGGAAUGGAGUGGCCAUCAGCCUCCCUGAGUCUGCCAACGGCUGCAGCAGUUUCUCAGGCCAGUUACAUCCCAGACCCAGGAGAAGCAGCAGCAGCUGCAGCUCCCAUGAUGGAUGUGGCUGGCUGGGCAACAUCAGUGCGACGCGAACCAAGCUGCGGGAGAGUCGCGAGGAGCUGAUGGCCCUGCUCUGGCGAGUGGAACGUGCUGGAGUGCUGGAAACUCAGCUGCACGAGCUAACCCAGAGCAUCUCCAGCCUGCAGCUGGAGCAGCAAGACACAAGGCGCAAGCUCGACGUUUUCCAGCAGAGACUGGAGCAGGCAGAUUGGGACAUGCCGCUGCUUAGCAGCCAGUGCCAGGCAACGCUCAGACAGCUGGAGGACCUGGGGCGGCACAUGGAGCUGGAGGAGUAUCGUAAGAGCAUCUUGCAGAGCGACUGGCUGCUGGAGCUGGAGCUGAGACCAUGUCUUCUUCGGCAGCUUGAUGCAGUAAGAGGCUUAGCUGCUGUCACGGGUCACAAAUCUCAUCCCUGA